AUGGAUGCUAAGGGCUCGCUCCUCACCGUUGUCUCCUUGGUGUUUUUCCUCUGCUUCCAGCGUCCGGCGGCUCACCCCAUCCAUGGCCUCAGCCCGGCCGAGGAGCUCGCCAACAUGGAGGCUCUCCUGGAGACGUUGGAGGAGAAAGUGGCCUUGAUGGAGGACUUACAGGGCAAUCCUGAAGACUUUGAGAUCCAGGCCGAAGAUGACCUGAACGAUCGGUCUGCGGCCGACGAUUUCCCCGUCUUCUCCGACCGGACGGCUCUGCUGAAACACAUGCGAGGAAUUCAGGCGGCCAAAAGCCUGAGAGAAUCGGGCUGCUUCGGCCGAAGGUUGGACCGGAUCGGAUCCGUCAGUGGGAUGGGAUGCAAAGGAUUCAGAAGACACUAA